ACAGAAAACAAACAUGGCGGCCGGAAGUUGGGAGAUCAAACUUUUGGGUCUGGAUAACUUCCUCCUACAUCUGUCCUAACCCGCCUGUCCCGGUAGCCGCAGCAACAUGCCGCGGGAGCAAGAGCUUCUGGAGGCCGCGAGGCUCGGAAACAUCGCGGUGAUCGAGAAGCUAUUGGCGCCGAAAGCGAAGCGAUCGCCCGUCUCGCUACAGGCUUUGGCCAGUUUGCGGCGAGGCACCAGUCCCAACUGCCAGGAUAACACCGGAUACACCCCCCUGCAUCAUGCUGCACUCAACGGACACAGGGAAGUGGUGGCCUUGCUGCUGAACUAUGGUGCCUCUGCUAACCUGGCCGAUAGCAAGGGCAGUUACCCGCUCCACCUAGCAGCCUGGACCGGUAAUGCAGACAUAGUGAGGUCCCUGAUACUGCACGGCCCUUCACACGCUAAGGUCAAUGAAAGGAACAAGGACAGUGAGACGCCUCUGCACUUUGCUGCCCAGUACGGACACACUGCCGUCGUAAAGGUGCUGCUGGAGCACCAUGCUGACCCCACCAUGAGAAACAAGCGUGAGGAGGCGCCGCUGGACCUGGCGUGUCUGUACGGCCGCCUGGACACCGUAGAGCUGCUUCUGAGGAAGCACCCUACUCUGCUGGACCGACCGGGGGGCCAGUCCACCCCCCUGCACCUGGCCUCGCGAAACGGCCACAAACCCGUGGUGCAGGUGUUGCUGGAGGCUGGCAUCGAUGUCAACAAGACGACUGAGAAUGGUUCUGCCCUGCACGAGGCUGCUCUGUGUGGGAAGGUGGACAUCGUCAGGCUGCUACUGGACUGUGGCGUGGAUCCACUGAUCCAGGACAAGUCGGGACAGACGGUUCUGGAGCUGCUCGCUGGGAUCCCCAAAGCCUCCGAGAUCACCAAACUGAUCAAAGAAGUCCCAUCUAACAAUAACGACCCACCGUCCAAACCUGGCCUGCAUCACAUGAACAAGCUGUGCCUACCAAUCGGAAGCCUCGACUCCGCCCGCGAGCCCGUAACCGACAGCUCGCCGGAACACGUGCAGAGUCCGUACGACAACGUGCCGCAGCCCCUGCCCAGCCCCUACCACAAUCCUGGAGACGACGACGAGGAAGACCACGAUAUUCCCGCGCCGCGACAGCGUACACUGUCAUCUUCGGACGAAGAGAACUUGUAUGACGAACCACCGCUAGAAGCCUACAGGGGCAGGGAAGACAAGAGAACUUGUACGAUGAACCACCGCUAG